GUGAUACAUAAUAACAAUAUAAUAAUUACAACAAUCAGUUAAUAUGAUUCAAUUAUUAAAUAAACUCGUCAUAAUAUCAGUAUGGUUCCCAAUUUCAAUAAUAGUAGCCCAAAAGCUACCAGAAAAUAUAGAUAAAUGGUUAAGACAUCCUUGCGGUGAUGAUGGCCAGGAAUUAUAUUUGGAUUCAACCCUCAACGAAGCCCUUGAACAGUUGUAUAUUUUUAUCAACCUUCUAAACAACACACUUAAUACAAACGAAAAUUAUAAAUCGGAUAUUGAGUAUGGUAGCAGUUGUCCUAAUAGUACACACCUUAUUUGGCGAUUUACUGAAGCAAAAAAAGUACGUGUUUUUUACAACAUGCUUCUUGAAAUGGCGAAACUUAUCUACAACAUUCUGAAUACUAUUCCCAAUACCAAUCAACAUAUAAAACGAAGAAUUAUGUAUACGGAAGUACUUUUCAACCUCCGUUCAGUUAUUUGCAGCUUUAAAAACAUACUAACCAUCGAACGGAAGCCCAGAAAAUUGCCGCAUUUAAAAAUGUGUUUUUCCAGCGACUGGAACGAAUCGAAUACAAUCCUAUUUGAUUUACAAUUCUUGAAUAAUUUGCGAUUUUUCUUUUUGAAAAGUUAUAAUUUACUCAUUAAUAUCGAUAGAUAUGAUAAAACCAUUUUAACGGAAUGGUAG